UGCUCCGCCCAAGAAAACCAACCCAUUUCUUCAAAUUGACAAUUUGGACAAGCUGUUGGCUACAAUGACGCUGUUACUUUCGAUCCCGGUUUUGGGGUUUAUUGUGUGGAUAUUUUACGUCAGAGACUCGGAUUGCGAGACCAUUCUGAAGCUGCCCAGUUUCCAGCUGGGGAUUGGCAUUGGGCUCAUAGUCUUGUUUUUGAUAAGUAAUGGCGUGGUUUUGUUGAGGCCUCGGUUCCCCGUUUUGGGGCUUUUGGUUGUAAUGCUGCCGUUGAUGCUGAUAUUCAUAAUUGGGCUGGCGCUUGUGGGUGCGUAUACGAUGGAGACUCGGUCCGUGGCUGCGUCCCCUAAGUGGCUGAGAUUGAAGGUGUUUGACAACGCGCAUUGGGAGGAUAUCAAGUCUUGUAUUUAUGAUACAGGGGCUUGCGAUGAUUUGGUGUCACGAACCUUGAUGCUUAAGUCUUAUGAUUUUAGUCUCCACAAGUUGUCCUCCAUUGAGUCUGGGUGCUGCACGCCGGCAACGAUCUGCAAAAUGGAGUACGUAAACGCAACGUUCUGGAGAAGAAGGGAAAGAGAAGCAAGGCCGUCAAACCCAUACGACAGCGACUGUGAUUUAUGGGACAAUGACAGAGGGAACUUGUGCUACAACUGCGUGUCCUGCAAAAGAGGCUUCCUGGGAACUCUUCAGGCCAAGUGUUUCGGACUUAGCCUCACAACAGCAACGGCUACCACCACCACCACCACCACCACCUCCUCCAUUACUUCCCAGUUUUUGAGUUUCAUUUAGUAUCAUCACCUUCUUCUCACAAUUUUGCGUAGAACUUGAUUUUAUUUGUUAAAUCAAUCCCUGUCUUCCACAUGUAUAUUCCCUUUUCAAUAAUCUUAUUACCCCUAAAUUCCAUUCUAAUUUCUAUAACUCUCUGUCCAAUGGUAACGCUUCAAUCUCCACUCCUAAUGGAUUAAAAAAAGGAAAGAAGGAAUUUGAAAUAUGUGU